UGGGGGCCGGGCCGAGCAGAGCAGCAAGGGAAGGGGAUGUGUAUGAGCGUUUAGGGAGGGUAUUCCUGACAUUUCUCUGUCACCCCGGCUCUCUUGGCUGACUGGGGUCCCUUUGUGGCUACCUGGGGAGAACUUUUGGGUAGGAGUUAUUCGCUGGACCCGCAGCUACCAGGCCUGUUCCUCUCCUGUCGUGUGCUGUGUGUGUCUGUGAGGCCCAUUCUGUGCUGCCUGCAGGGAGCACCAUCUCGCCUCACCAGCUCGUCGCUGAUCAUCUCAUCUCACCGCUUCAGGCCCCGGUGGUGCCCAGCAUGGCCAUCUCGUCACGUCUCGCCCUGUGGGAGCAGAAGAUCCGGGAGGAGGACAAGAGCCCGCCGCCAUCCUCGCCUCCUCCCCUGUUCUCUGUCAUCCCAGGGGGCUUCAUUCGGCAGCUGGUCCGGGAGACUGAGAAAGAGUCCAAGGAAGCAAGACGGAGAAAAGAGGCACUGCUCGCCUCCCCAGAACAAGAGACCCCAGAAGUUUCCAUUGGCCAGCCCAACAGCAAGGCCCACAGUGGCACUAAAUCUGGAAGCCAACACACUUCUGGGGACAGCCAGUCUACCUCUCCGCAAGGAACAAGCAUUCCGGGCAAGGACAGCCAAGGGUCUGGCAGUGCCAACCCUGAACUGAUGACCAGGGUCAGUGGUGAGAAGCCCCAGGAGCUGGCCCCCAGUGGGACACCAGCCAGAAAAGUCCUGCCCUUCAAGAAGGGAGUGAGGAGGGGUGAUGUGCUGCUAAUGGUGGCCAAGCUGGACCCAGAAGCUGCCAAGCCGGAGCAGAGGACCCAAGCCCGUGAUGUCCCCACUUGCAAGACCUCACCUGCAGCCACGGACCCUGGAGGGACAAAAAAAGGGGAGACCCCAGGAACUCCUUCUGGCCCUCAGGCCAGCACCGAGGAUUUGGCCUCAAAGCCUGAGAAGACCCCGACUGGGGGUCAUGGGGAUCCAGGCCAAGGGACAAAAGGCGACAAGGGUCAAGGCACAGUGGGGAAAGGAAGUGGGGGUCUCCAGACUAAGGGGUCAAAAGGGGGUGAGUCCAAGGGCAAAGAAGAACAGAGGACUAGGCUUCAAAGCCAAGGGGCAGGUGAUGGGGGGCAGCAGAGGACAGUGGAGAAGGAGGGAGGAGAUCCCCCAAGCAAGAUGGAAAAGAGAAAUGUGUCCAAGGAUGUGGGAGCUGAAGGGAAACGUGUUGGGCUCCAAGUGCAAGGGAGAAAGUGGGGAGGGUCCCUGAGCAGAAAAAGCAAGUGGGAUAGUCCCCAGAGCAAGAAGGACCGAGAAAGUGAGCCUCCGAGUACUACAGGGAGGACAGGUAAGCCUCAGGCCAAGACGGAGGAGAGGGGCAAAGUGCAGGGGAAGGCAGGGCAGGUUGGGGAGGCUCCCCGGGCACUGGAGGAAGCAGUUGAGCUUGGGAAGGCAAGUGAGGCCUCGAAGUCAGAAGAGGCGGAGCAGCCUCGAAGGAAGGCUGUGGGUUCAGGUGGAGCUGGGAGCCAGGCUGAGAAGGGCUGCAAAGCCCCAAAGGAAGUAGCUGCAGAGAGGGUGCCACCUGCAGCCACUGAGCCACAGAGCCGGCCAGAAAGCAGUGCACAGAGGGCUGAAGAGCAGUGCACCACAGAGGAAGGUGCAGCCGGGGCCUGGCCGCCACGGCAGGAGGGGUCUGCAGAGCCUUCGCAGGAGACUCAGGCGGAAGGGCCUCCAGGACAGAUGCAGACCCAGGAGGGGCCUGCCCUGCAGGACAGGGGCAGAGGCGACCACAGUGGAGACUUGGACCAGGCUCGUGAGGACAGGUGGUACGAGGCAGAGAAGGUCUGGCUGGUUCAGAAGGAUGGAUUUACUCUUGCAACGGUGCUAAAGCCAGAUGAGGGAACAGCUGACCUGCCGGCAGGAAGGGUACGACUUUGCAUUGAUGCUGACAAAACGGUCACCGAGGUUGAUGAGGAGCGUAUUCACAGGGCCAACCCCCCUGAGUUUGACCAGGCCGAUGAUCUGGCCUCUCUCAUCAGUGUCAACGAAUCCAGCGUUCUUAACACGCUUCUGCAGCGCGCUCGGGCUCAGCUGCUGCACACCCGCGCGGGUCCGGACCUCAUCGUCCUCCAGCCCCAGGGCCCGGCGGCGCCCUCUGCCGGAAAGGUGCCCAGGGGCCGCCGCGAUGGCCUGCCCGCCCACAUCAGCUCCCUGGCCCAGCGGGCGUAUUGGGCGAUGCUGAGCCAGCGCAGAGACCAGAGCAUCAUAGCCCUGGGCCGGAGCGGCGCUGGGAAGACCAUCUGCUGCGAGCAGGCCCUGGAGCACCUGGUGGGAAUGGCAGGCAGUGUGGAUGGCAAGGUGUCAGUGGAGAAGAUCCGGGCCACCUUCACCAUCCUCCGGGCCUUCGGCUCCGCACACACUGGCCACAGCUGCAGUGCCACCCGGCUGGCCAUGGUGAUGUCGCUGGAUUUCAACGCCACUGGCCGAGUGACAGCUGCGCAGCUCCAGACCAUGCUCCUGGAGAAGAGCAGAGUGGCGCGGCCGCCGGAAGGGGAAGGCACCUUCCCCAUCUUCUCGCAGAUGCUGGCCGGUUUAGACCUGGAUCUCAGGACAGAGCUGCGCCUGUACCAGAUGGCAGACAGCAGCUCCUUUGGCAUGGGCGUGUGGUCCAAGCCUGAAGACAAGCAGAAGGCAGCAGCAGCCUUUGCCCAGCUCCAGGGUGCCAUGGAGACUCUGGGUAUCACAGAGGGUGAGCGGCGGGCCAUUUGGCGGGUGCUGGCGGUCAUCUACCACCUCGGCGCUGCGGGCGCCUGUAAAGUGGGCCGGAAGCAGUUUAUGCGGUUUGAGUGGGCAAACCAUGCAGCCGAGGUCCUGGGCUGUGAGUAUGAGGAGCUGAACACAGCUACUUUCAAGCACCACCUGCGGCAGAUCAUCGAGCAAGUGACAUCUGGGCCGAGCCGCUGGGGCUUCAAGGAUGAGGAGCCCAGCUCAGGGUUCAAGAUGACCGGCACGGAAUGCGUGGAGGGCAUGGCCUCAGGCCUGUACCAAGAGCUCUUUGCAGCUGUGGUCUCGCUCAUCAACAGAUCCUUCUCCUCUCAGCAUCUCUCCAUGGCCUCCAUCAUGGUUGUAGAUUCUCCAGGCUUUCAGAAUCCCCGGCAUCAGGGCAAGGACCGAGCAGCCACCUUCGAGGAGCUGUGCCAUAAUUAUGUUCACGAGCGUCUGCAGCUGCUUUUCUAUCAGCGGACCUUCGUCUCGGUGCUAGAGCGAUACAAAGAGGAAGGCAUUCCUGUGCCCUGUGACCUCCCAGAGUCUUCCCCAGGGACCACGGUGGCAGUUAUGGAUCAGAAUCCCUCCCAGGUCCACUUACCGGCUGGAGGAGGUACUGAGGAUGCCAGGGGCCUUUUCUGGGUCUUGGAUGAGGAGGUCCAGAUAGAGGGUUCCCAUGACAGCAUGGUGCUUGAGCGUCUACGUGCAGCCUUUGAGAAGAAGGGAGCUGGGGCCAAAGGGACCUCUGCUCUGCGGACCUGUGAGCAGCCCCUCCAGUGCGAGAUUUUCCACCAGCUCGGACAGGACCCUGUACGCUAUGACCUCACCGGCUGGCUGCACAGAGCCAAGCCCAAUCUCUCGGCCCUGGGUGCCCCCCAGGUCCUGCAGCAGUCAAGGAGAGAGGAGCUGCGAAGCUUAUUCCAAGGCCGUGCCAAGCUGCCACCCGUGUGCCAGGCUGUGGCAGGCCUGGAGGGCACCUCCCAGCAGGCCCUGCACAGGAGCCAUGUGGUGAAGAGGACAUUUGCCAGCAGCCUUGCCUCGGCCAGGAGGAGAGCUCCGUGCUCCCAGAUCAAGCUGCAGAUGGAUGCACUGAUCAGCUUGGUGAGACGGUCUCAACUGCACUUUAUCCAUUGUCUGGUGCCAACUCCUGCAGUGGACAAGGGUGAGCAAGGGUCUUUGCCACCGCCAUUGCCUGGAGACCAGCCUGGGGCAGGCAAACCCCUGGCCCCAGACAUCCCGGCACUGAGAGUCCAGCUUGCAGGCUCUCACAUCCUGGAGGCACUACGUCUGCACAGGGCAGGCUACGCUGACCACAUGGGGCUCGCUCAGUUCCGCCGGCGUUUUCAGGUGCUAGACCCUGUGCUGCUGAAGAAGCUCGCGUCAGCCCCUGAGGGAAUAGAUGAGAGGAAGGCGGUGGAGGAGCUUCUUCAGACCCUGGACCUGGAGAAGAAGGUGGUGGCCAUGGGGCACAGCCAAGUCUUCCUCAAGGCAGGUGUGGUCUCCAGGCUGGAGAAGCAGCGAGAGAAGCUGGUGUCUCGGAACAUCGUUCUGUUCCAGGCGGUGUGCAAGGGCUUUCUGUCUCGCCAGGAAUUCAAGAAGCUGAAGAUUCGCCGGCUGGCUGCGCAGUGCAUUCAGAAGAAUGUGGCUGCGUUCCUGGUGGUCAAGGACUGGCCGUGGUGGCAGCUCUUCGGCUCCCUCCGUCCCCUGCUCAGUGCCACCAUUGGGAAUGAGCAGCUCCAAGCGAAGGAGGAGGAGCUCACAAUGCUGAGACAGAAGCUGGAAAAAUCCGAAAAAUCAAGGAAUGAACUCCGGCAGAGUGCAGAUCUCCUAGAGAGCAAGAUUGCUGACUUGACCACAGAGCUGGCUGAUGAGCGCUUCAAAGGUGAUGUGGCCUGCCAGGUGCUGGAGAAUGAACGUGCGGAGCGGCUGCAGGCCUCCCGGGAGAUUCAGGAACUCAGAAGCAAGUAUGAACAAGUCCAGAAGAAUUUUGGAGAAGUGGAGAAACAGUUGGAAGAAGCCCAGCAAAAAAUCCAGUUGAAUGAUUUGGAAAGGAAGCCCACUGGAGCGGCGGACGAGUGGCAGAUGCGUCUGGACUGUGCUCAGAUGGAAAAUGAGUUCCUCCGCAAGCGUCUGCAGCAGUGUGAGGAGAGGCUGGAGUCAGAGCUGACGUCCAGGAAGGAGCUGGAGCAGAAGCUCGGAGAGCUGCAGAGUGCUUACGAGGAGGCCAAGAAGACAGCACACCAACUGAAGAAGAAGUGCCACCAUCUUACCUGGGACCUGGAGGACACUCGCGUGCUGCUUGAGAACCAGCAGAGCCGGAACCAUGAGCUGGAGAAGAAGCAGAAGAAGUUUGACAUGCAGCUGGCCCGGGCCCUGGGGGAGUCCUUGUUUGAGAGGAGCCUCAGGGAAAAAGUGAGCCAGGAGAGCAACAGCGUGCGGUGGGAGCUGGGCCGGCUGCAGGAGCAGCUGGAGCAAAAGGAGCAGGAAACCUUGAGGCUGAAGCAGGAGGUGGAGAUGCUGCAAGAGCAUAAGCAGGAGCUGCUGGGGUCUCCCUCUCUAGGGGAAAAGGGCCUGGCUGGCUUGAAAGAAAGGCUCUGGAAGCUGGAAUCCAGUGCCCGUGAGCACGAGAAGGUCCAGAACCAGCAGGAAAACACCAUCAAGCAGCUGGAACAGCUCCGCCAGCGGUUUGAGCUGGAGAUCGAGCGGAUGAAGCAGAUGCACCAGAAGGACCGUGAGGACCAAGAGGAGGAGCUGGAGGAUGUCCGUCAGUCCUGCCAGAAGCGGCUCCGUCAGCUGGAAAUGCAGCUGGAGCAGGAGUACGAGGAAAAGCAGACGGUACUCCACGAGAAGCAGGAUUUGGAAGGACUGAUUGGAACCCUGUGUGAUCAGAUUGGCCACCGGGACUUUGAUGUAGAGAAGCGACUGCGAAGGGACCUCCGGAGGACUCAUGCGCUGCUCUCAGAUGUCCAGCUCCUUCUGGCAACCAUGGAAGACAGCAAAACGUCAGUCAGCAAGGAAGAGCUGGAGAAGGUGCACAGCCAGCUGGAGCAGAGUGAGGCCAAGUGUGAGGAUGCCCUGAAGACCCAGAAAGCCCUGACCCUGGACCUGGAGAACAUGCACAGUGAGCUGGAGAACAUGACCCGGAGCAAGACCCUGGUGGAUGAGCAGCUGUACCGGUUGCAGUUUGAGCGAGCAGACCUCCUGAAGCGCAUCGAUGAGGAUCAGGAUGACCUGAAUGACCUCAUGCAGAAGCACAAGGACCUCAUUGCCCAGUCUGCAGCUGACAUUGGGCAGAUCCAAGAGCUGCAGGUGCAGCUGGAGGAUGCAAAGAAGGAGAAGCACAAGCUCCAAGAGCAGCUGCAGGUGGCUCAGAUGCGCAUCGAGUACCUGGAGCAGUCCACCGUGGACCGAGCCAUCGUCAGCAGGCAGGAGGCAGCCAUCUGUGACCUGGAGAACAAGACAGAGUUCCAGAAAGUGCAGAUUAAGAGAUUGGAGGUCCUGGUGAUCCGGCUUCGGGACAGCCUGAUUAAGAUGGGUGAGGAGUUGUCACGGGCAGUGGCCUCUGAGUCCCAGCAGCGUGAGAGCAGCCAGUAUUACCAGCGGCGCCUGGAAGAACUGAAGGCAGACAUGGAGGAGCUGGCACAACGGGAGACAGAGGCCAGCCGGAGGUGCAUGGAGCUGGAGAAGUACGUGGAGGAGCUCGGCACAGUGAGACAGACGCUGCAGACAGACCUGGAGACGUCCAUCCGGCGCAUUGCUGACCUGCAGGCUGCCUUGGAAGAGGUGGUGUCCAGUGACAGUGAUUCGGAGAGUGUCCAGACAGCAGUGGACUGUGGCAAUGGAGGCAGAAAAGAAAUGGAUAAUGUCUCCAUCAUCAGCUCCCAGCCUGAGGGCAGUCUGCAGUCUUGGUUGAGCUGUACUCUGUCCCUGGCUACAGACACCAUGAGGACACCUUCUCGACAGUCAGCUACUAGCAGCUGCCUCCGCAGCUCCAGGGUGAAGGCAGAGGCCGGAGAUGCUGAGAGCAGAACCUGGAAUUCUCAUGGCAAGGCCUCAAGAGAAGGCUCUGCUUCUCCCUGCUCUACCCGCCAACAGAAGUCCUGUCAUUUUGGAGGUGGUGAAGGGUUUGGUGUCCAGAGAAAGCCCAUGGAAAGAUCAGGAGCUCUGUCCUCUCCUGUGGCCUCACAGAGUCCAAACACGUCCCCGCUGCCCAGGGAGAAGCUGCCCAGUCCGUCAGCGGCACUCUCAGAGUUUGUGGAAGGACUCCGGAGGAAGAGGGCCCAGAGAGGUCAGGGCUCCACGCUGGGCCUGGAGGAUUGGCCCACACUCCCCAUUUACCAGACCACUGGUGCUUCCACGCUCAGGAGGGGCAGGGCCAGCAGCGACGAGGGAGAUCUUUCCUUGAAGUUACAGACGAAGUCGCCCCUGGGGGUGGAGGGGGCCCCUGGCACAACCGCUGGUCUCUUGCGAUCCACCAGCCUGAAGUGCAUCUCCUCGGGAGGUGCUGAGGGCACAAGUCUGCCCCCGGAAAGGCUGAAGACCCGCUUCAGUUCCUGUGAGGCCCUCUUAGAAUCAGGGCCCAGUGUAAGGAAAAAAAUGAGCUCCCCCACCGCCCUCAGGGACACGCUCUUGUCGCCCACCCUGCGUCCCCGGAGGCGCUGUCUGGAGUCCUCAGUGGACGAUGCAGGCUGCCCAGACCUUGGCAAGGAACCACUUGUCUUCCAGAACCGCCAGUUCGCUCACCUGAUGGAGGAGCCUCUAGGCAGUGACCCAUGCAGCUGGACACUCCCAAGCCUCAGCUAUGGACGCAGGGCCAGAGUGGACUUUGAUGACUUCCUCCCUGCCAUCCGGAAGCCUGAGUCACCUACAUCCUUGGCAAGGGCAGCCAAAGAUGAGCACAAGGGUUCAAAGCAUCCGGGUGUUCACUUUGGGAUGGAAGAGGCGGACCGCUCCUUUCUCUCAGGGAUCAAGACCAUUUUGAAAAGGAGCACACAGCCCAAGGAGGACCCUGCUCACCUCUCUGACUCGUCCUCAUCUUCCAGCUCUAUUGUGUCCUUUAAAAGUGCCGACAGCAUCAAAAGCCGACCGAGACCCCCUCGCCUUGAAGGUGACGGUGGUGAGCAGGUGUCCCCUGAGCACAGAGAGCCAGGCACAGAGAGGAAGGAGGAGGAUGUGGAGAGCAUCAUGAAGAAAUACCUGCAGAAGUAGGAACGAGUGCAGCCUCCUGAAACGCAGCUGCCCUUGGAGACUUCCAGACUGCACCGCUGUUUGGAGAGAGGCUGGCCAGGCCUCCCCUGGGCCCUCAGUGCGGAACCAGCAUCACAGCCACCCUCAAGAGGCCAGAGGGACCCGGAGAGCCACAUCCCACCAGGGCCACUGGGCUCCCCAUGUGCUCGGUCUGAGUGAAAUAAAGUCGGUUUCCUUGGCAUCUUUUCUGCUCUCUACCCCUGACCAUGCCACCUGGGAUGCUGGAAGUUUGAUGGGGUGCACUGGGGUAAGGGUCCCCAAGAAUGGAAUCAGCCUACACUGUCACACAGGGUGCACACUGCCCUCGUUCUCCUGUGUGUGUACAUGGAAUAGUAGCCUUCCUCUUCCUCGUCCUCUACCUCUUCACCUGGCCUCUUUAGCUGAAGUAUGGCCUCCUCCAGGAAGUCUUCCUAGACCACCAAACUGAAAUGGAUGCUGAUUCACCGUUUCCUUGAGUUCCUUACUCAGCUCUUUUGUGUUCCCCCGCCUGUGCAUUUACAUUGUGCGUGUAUAAGUGUGUGUGAGCAUGUAAGAAAUGAAUGAAUGAAUCCAUGAAUCAAUGAACUAGUGAACAAAUAAAUGAACCCAUGCAUCCGAAGGUGUGGGCACACUGA